AUGGAUUAUAAAGUCCCCGCACAUAUAGAAAUCGAUACUUAUUUUUCUACCAUUCUGGUAUCCAAAUGGCAUUGUCUCAAUGAUUAUAUGAAUUUCAAAUUAGGGAUCAGCCCACUUUCGACAGCGCCAGAUUUAUAUAGAUUCUUUUAUAGAUCAUUGGCUAUAGUUGAGAAAAAUGAGGCUGAAAAUAAUAUUGAUAUUUGUGAAAAACAGACCAUGCGAGAUCAAGCAUCUAAGUCAAAAGCAUUAGACGAUAUAAUAAAUGCAAUUACUGGAAAGCGUAAAAGAGAUAGUAAUGACGAUUGUGAGAAUGAGCUUAAUAAAGAAAUGGUAAGAAGAACAUCAUUUUUUGAAAAUUAUGCUACUUCUGCAAGAGAACCUAAUAAUAACUUUGCAAUUUCCUCAUUUGGUAUUGAAGUGAGCUCUAAACAAAUACUUACAUGGGACCAUGUAGUACCAAAAAUGGAAAUAAACGAAAACUCUUUAAAAGAUUGGAUAAAUGAAGGGCACAAUUUUUCCAAAGAUUUUUGGCAAUUUCAGAAGUCUAUCAUUGAGAAACUAAAAGUCAAUCCGGUUUUAAGCUAUGUAACUGAUUGUGAAUCCAUAAUAUAG